AUGGCAUCAACUUAUCGUCCAAAUGAAUCGAAACGAGAAGAAUUUCGUCGUUAUCUCGAAAAAGGAGGUGUUGUUGAUGCUGUAACAAGAGCAUUGGUUGCUUUAUAUGAAGAAGCUGAAAAGCCAAAUAAUGCAACAGAAUUCGUUCGACGAUUUAUGGGCGCUAGUGGGCCUGAUUCAGCUGAGAUAGAGACAAUAAAAGCGGAGUUAAUGGCUGUACGAGAAAAAUUUGAUGAAUUAGUACGAGAAAAUGAAAUCUUAAAAGAAAAAUUACAAAAAUAUGAAAAUAGUGAACGAGGACAAUAG